GGCGUCGCUAAACGAAAUUACAGCUUCCGGGUCGCUGAGGCCGCCCUGCGGCGGCGCAGGAUUUCAGGGUGUGCUGGUGUCCAGUCUAUGGAGUCAGCGGGUGCCCGCGGCUUCGUGGAGGCCGGCGGUGGUGCGCGAGUAGGGGCCUCUGCCCCGCCAGGAUGUUACCGGGCUUGGCCGCCGCCGCUGCGGCCCACAGAUGUAGCUGGUCCUCUCUGUGCCGGCUCCGUCUGCGCUGCAGGGCGGCGGCCCGCGGCUCCAGUGACCGCCAGGAAUGGCAGAAUUUUGGAAGCUUUGCAAAUGUAGUUCCUUGUAGUCACCCAUAUCUUUGUACACUAAGUCAAGUAAAGUUGUACUCUACAAAUGCCCAGAAAGAAGGACAGGGAUCUGAAUCUCCCAGAGUGGAAAAAGUGCCAUCAUUUGAUGAAACAGCAGAAAAUAUGGGCGCAGAACUCAAAGCUCCACUUAAAGAACCUCUCCAAGUAAGAGUCAAAGCAGUCCUUAAGAAAAGGGAGUAUGGAUCUAAAUAUACUCAAAAUAAUUUCAUCACGGGGGUCCGAGCGAUAAAUGAGUUCUGCCUGAAGUCCAGUGAUCUAGAACAGCUUCGAAAAAUCAGACGACGAAGUCCCCAUGAAGAUACCGAAUCCUUUACUGUGUACUUGAGAUCAGAUGUGGAGGCAAAAUCUUUGGAAGUUUGGGGAAGCCCUGAAGCUCUUGCCAGAGAAAAAAAGCUACGUAAGGAAGCAGAAAUAGAAUAUAGAGAACGGCUAUUUAGAAACCAAAAAAUAUUAAGAGAAUAUCGAGAUUUCUUGGGAAAUACCAAGCCACGCUCUGGAACAGCAUCAGUGUUCUUUAAGGGACCAGGAAAAGUGGUGAUGGUUGCCAUUUGCAUAAAUGGAUUAAACUGCUUCUUUAAGUUUCUUGCCUGGAUUUAUACGGGGUCAGCAAGUAUGUUCUCAGAAGCUAUACAUUCAUUAUCUGAUACUUGUAAUCAGGGUUUACUAGCAUUGGGCAUCAGUAAGUCAGUACAGACACCAGAUCCUUCACACCCGUAUGGAUUUUCCAAUAUGCGCUACAUUUCUUCACUGAUUAGUGGUGUUGGUAUUUUCAUGAUGGGAGCAGGAUUAUCUUGGUACCAUGGAGUCAUGGGAUUGCUUCAUCCUCAACCAAUAGAAUCUCUUUUAUGGGCAUAUUGUAUUUUAGCAGGAUCAUUGGUAUCUGAAGGAGCAACACUUCUUGUUGCUGUAAAUGAACUUCGUAGAAGUGCUCGGGCCAAAGGAAUGUCAUUUUACAAGUAUGUAAUGGAAAGUCGUGAUCCUAGUACAAAUGUUAUAUUAUUGGAGGAUACUGCAGCGGUCUUAGGUGUGACAAUAGCAGCCACUUGCAUGGGCCUUACUUCAAUAACAGGCAAUCCACUCUAUGACAGCCUAGGCUCUCUGGGUGUGGGCACCUUAUUAGGCGUGGUCUCAGCAUUCCUCAUCUACACUAACACAGAAGCCCUCUUAGGGCGAUCCAUCCAGCCAGAACAAGUACAACGGCUUACUGAACUCCUGGAGAACGACCCUUCAGUAAGGGCAAUUCAUGACGUGAAAGCCACAGAUCUGGGAUUAGGUAAAGUAAGAUUUAAGGCAGAAGUGGAUUUCGAUGGACGAGUUGUUACAAGAUCAUAUUUGGAAAAACAAGAUUUUGACCAAAUGCUACAAGAAAUUCAAGAAGUGAAAACUCCAGAAGAACUAGAGACCUUUAUGCUUAAACAUGGAGAGAACAUUAUUGACACCUUAGGAGCUGAAGUGGACAGACUUGAGAAGGAACUAAAAAAACGAAACCCCGAGGUUCGGCACGUGGAUUUGGAGAUACUGUAAACGUGGCGGAGUGAGGCACUUGGGCAGCUCGUUUUCCAGCGCUCUGCAGAGCCCGUUUCCGCCUCUUCCACGCUGACUGCAGCACACUCGGAAGCCGUUGUUUCUCCGAGGAAGGAAAUACUUUGUGUGGAGAGCGACUGAGCAGGCCACAGAACCAGGACUGCUUCCUAACUUCUGUGAGACGCAGUACACGUUGGAUCAGUCUGAAAAUCAUGAUUUUGUGCUUCAGUCAGGAACGUUUUGGUACUUGCAUCGUUGAUAAUUUCUCAUGUUAGCCUGUCAGUCUGUGUUGUACCUUGCAAUCAUGUUUCCUUUCUUCACGCUGGUAAAAAGUAAGUGGCAUCCCCAGGAUUAUGGCUCUCAGUUGUUUCCACUGAAGGUUUCACCCCAUCGGAACCUGCCGGCCUUGAAUAUGCUGGCUGUGUCCUGCCAUGUGGUUUUUAAACAGUCACUCUGCUUUCCUUAUAAAAUGUGUAAAUUAUUUUGACAUACCUUGUGUCUUUGACUAGUGCUAGGAGGAACAGUAUCCUAACCUGGUUAUCCACAAUGUUCAUUCCAGAAAUGAUUUAGUUACUGAACUGAAUGAAGACAUUUCAGUAUACUCUCUUAGGCCAUACUUGUUAUAAUUUUGUAAAUUUCCUUGUUUUUCUUUUGCUUCUUUUUCUUAUUUGGUUUAAUUUUUUUAAUGUUAACAGGUAUAAAAUAAUCCUAGGUGUUUCCAUGGGCCAGUGUGAUGACUUUUUUUUUUUGUUUAAACAAGUUGCAGUGCCAUUUGUUUAUUUACUGAGAGAUAAUGCAUUUAUAAGCAUUUUAACACUCUGUAAAAUGGACUAGAAGUAUUUAUAAUUUUAUAGACAGGAUAGCAUUUUAUUUUAAUUUAUUUAAAAUGAGGCACUACUUGUGUAAAUCUCAACUGUGGGAUAUUUCUUGCUUUAAGGAGGAGAGAAGUAAACCUCUUACGCUGAAACUUGUGUCAUGAUUUUGUAUAAUACAGUCAAUUGUGUGUCUGUGAGCUUCUUGCAGUUACACAUGGGCAUUUAUCAUAAUAUAUUGGUAUAAUAUAUUAUGUAACUAAAUAGCUUUCUAAUGACCAUAAGCUAUCAAGGUUUAAAAAAAAAUGCAAUUUAGUAAUUGAAAGUUUAGUGGAAGACGACAGCUGUCUCCCCUGAAACGAGUCACGAGCACCUGAAUGUAUUCUGGGAGCGGUGAGCAUGGCUCCCGAGAGUGGUGGCGGGAACUUCUCAGGGUGAGCUUUGCUUGCAGACCUAACUACCUUCGUGAGUCAGCAUCUUCAGACUUACUGAGAUGGGAGAUUAUUGUAAUGCCGGAAACAAAAAUAAAUCUUUGACUAAAGGG